CUGCCUGCGCCAGGCUGAGGUCCUGACGGUUUCUGGAAGCUUCUCCACCGCAGCCUGCUGCCGGCGAUCCACGCUCUCAAUCUACAGCCAUCUUCCUUGUGCUCGACGAAAUGCCUGAGAAAAAUGCCGGCAAAUCCGCCUCUAACGCGUCGAAGAGCGUUUAUCAGGACCGCGACAAACCUGCUCAGAUCCGUUACAGUAACAUCUCGGCCGCCAAAGCUGUUGCAGAUGCUAUAAGAACAAGUCUUGGUCCAAAGGGCAUGGAUAAAAUGAUUCAAGAUGGAAAAGGUGAUGUAACCAUUACCAAUGAUGGAGCAACUAUAUUAAAGCUAAUGCAGGUGUUGCAUCCAGCAGCAAAAAUGCUGGUAGAAUUGUCAAAAGCCCAGGAUAUUGAAGCUGGUGACGGGACCACUUCUGUUGUAGUAAUCGCAGGAGCCUUGCUCGAUUAUUGUGCUAAACUACUUCAAAAAGGAAUUCAUCCUACAAUCAUAUCUGAAUCUUUCCAAAAGGCUGUGGAAAAGGGAGUUGAAGUUUUGAAUGGCAUUGCACAGCCCGUAGAACUAAGUGACAGAGAAUCCCUCCUGAACAGUGCAACUACUGCUUUGAACUCCAAAGUGGUUUCUCAAUAUGCCAGCCUUCUUGCUCCAAUGAGUGUUGGUGCGGUAAUGAGCGUAAUUGAUCCAGCAACUGCAACUAGUGUGGAUCUCAGAGAUAUCAAAAUUGUCAGGAAAUUGGGAGGAACGAUUGAUGACUGUGAAUUGGUGAAUGGACUGGUUCUGACUCAGAGAGUUGUCAAUACGGGCAUAAGUCGUGUAGAAAAGGCUAAAAUUGGACUCAUCCAGUUCUGCUUGUCUGCUCCAAAAACAGAUAUGGAAAAUCAGAUCGUAGUGUCUGACUAUACUCAGAUGGACCGUGUUUUACGUGAAGAAAGAACCUACAUUUUGAACUUGGUGAAGCAGAUUAAAAAAGCUGGAUGCAAUGUCCUGCUGAUACAAAAAUCAAUUUUGAGGGAUGCAUUAAGUGACCUGGCCCUCCAUUUCCUCAACAAGAUGAAGAUUAUGGUGAUUAAGGACAUUGAGCGAGAAGACAUUGAGUUCAUCUGUAAGACUUUAGGCUUAAAGCCAGUUGCUCAUUUUGAGCAGUUCACACCAGACAUGUUGGGCUCUGCAGAGUUGGCAGAAGAGGUCACUUUGAAUGGAUCUGGCAAAUUAGUCAAGAUUACUGGUUGUGCCAAUCCAGGAAAAACAGUAUCCAUUGUGGUUCGAGGGUCCAAUAAAUUGGUCAUGGAAGAGGCUGAGCGUUCCAUUCAUGAUGCUUUAUGUGUUAUUCGCUGCUUGGUAAAGAAAAGGGCUUUAAUUGCUGGAGGUGGAGCUCCUGAGAUUGAGUUAGCACUGCGUUUGACGGAGUACUCUCGAACGCUUAGUGGUAUGGAGGCAUAUUGUGUACGGGCUUUUGCCGAUGCCCUGGAAAUUAUCCCUUCAACUUUGGCUGAAAAUGCAGGUCUUAAUCCUAUUUCUACUGUGACGGAGCUGAGAAAUAGACAUGCACAAGGGGAAAAGACUGCAGGAAUUAAUGUGCGAAAGGGUGGUAUUUCUAACAUUCUGGAGGAGCUGGUUGUUCAGCCUCUGCUGGUCUCCCUCAGUGCCCUGACCUUGGCAACAGAAACUGUUCGCAGUAUCCUAAAGAUUGAUGAUGUGGUGUCUGCACGAUAAAUUCAAUGAGUUCGACAUGUGAAAGAUUUCAAAUUCCCUCUGGUUUCAACCGCCUUGUCAAUGAACCUUGAGACAAGCCUUCCAUUCUCGUUGACUUGUUUGUGUAGAUUUGCCACAUCUGUUUCUCUCCAACUAAAGACUGCUAUAACUUAAUAAAAUGUUGGGAGUUUCAAAUUUA